AUUCCUCCGGUCUCGCUCCCCCCUCCUCUCCCUUCCCCGCGUCCCUCCGCCCGCCCUCGGAAGACCGAGAGAGCGGAGAGGUUGCGGGCGAGCUGCGCGGAGCCCAGGAGCCGAGGAGUCUGGAGCGCAGCGCAGCCCAAGCCCGAGCGGCCCCGCGUCCCGAGCGCACCGGAGCGGCCGAGCCGCCCCGCGCAGCUCCAGUCCCGGGGAGGGCAGCCCCGGCUGCAGGCUCUCACCCAGGGUGGCAGAAGGAGCCCUUCUGGAGCUGACCCACCCCCGACGACCAUCAGGGUGACCUUGAGCCGCAAAACUGCUGUCCACGUGGACCGGGGCUGACAUCGCACGUCCAUCUGCCAGGACCCCGGCGUCCAAAUUCCGAGACAUGGCAACCAACGGCAGCAAGGUGGCCGAUGGGCAGAUCUCCACCGAGGUCAGCGAGGCCCCUGUGGCCAAUGACAAGCCCAAAACCUUGGUGGUCAAGGUGCAGAAGAAGGCAGCGGACCUCCCCGACCGGGACACGUGGAAGGGCCGCUUCGACUUCCUCAUGUCCUGCGUGGGCUACGCCAUUGGCCUGGGCAACGUCUGGAGGUUCCCCUAUCUCUGCGGGAAAAAUGGUGGUGGAGCCUUCCUGAUCCCCUACUUCCUGACACUCAUCUUUGCGGGGGUCCCUCUCUUCCUGCUGGAGUGCUCCCUGGGCCAGUACACGUCCAUCGGGGGGCUGGGGGUAUGGAAGCUGGCUCCUAUGUUCAAGGGCGUGGGCCUUGCGGCUGCUGUGCUGUCAUUCUGGCUGAACAUCUACUACAUUGUCAUCAUCUCCUGGGCCAUCUACUACCUGUACAAUUCCUUCACCACGACGCUGCCGUGGAAACAGUGUGACAACCCCUGGAACACAGACCGCUGCUUCUCUAACUACAGCAUGGUCAACACCACCAACAUGACCAGCGCUGUGGUGGAGUUCUGGGAGCGCAACAUGCAUCAGAUGACAGACGGGCUGGAUAAGCCAGGUCAGAUCCGCUGGCCACUGGCCAUCACGCUGGCCAUCGCCUGGAUCCUGGUGUAUUUCUGUAUCUGGAAGGGUGUCGGCUGGACCGGAAAGGUGGUUUACUUCUCAGCCACAUACCCCUACAUCAUGCUGAUCAUCCUGUUCUUCCGUGGAGUGACGCUGCCUGGAGCCAAGGAGGGCAUCCUCUUCUACAUCACCCCCAACUUCCGCAAACUGUCUGACUCCGAGGUGUGGCUGGAUGCGGCCACCCAGAUCUUCUUCUCAUACGGGCUGGGCCUGGGGUCCCUGAUCGCUCUCGGGAGCUACAACUCUUUCCACAACAACGUCUACAGGGACUCCAUCAUCGUCUGCUGUAUCAAUUCGUGCACCAGCAUGUUCGCAGGAUUCGUCAUCUUCUCCAUCGUGGGUUUCAUGGCCCAUGUCACCAAGAGGUCCAUUGCUGAUGUGGCGGCCUCAGGCCCCGGGCUGGCGUUCCUGGCAUACCCGGAGGCAGUGACCCAGCUGCCUAUCUCCCCACUCUGGGCCAUCCUCUUCUUCUCCAUGCUGCUGAUGCUGGGCAUUGACAGCCAGUUCUGCACUGUGGAGGGCUUCAUCACGGCCCUGGUGGAUGAGUACCCCAGGCUCCUCCGCAACCGCAGGGAGCUCUUCAUUGCUGCUGUCUGCAUCAUCUCCUACCUGAUCGGCCUCUCUAACAUCACUCAGGGAGGCAUCUAUGUCUUCAAACUCUUUGAUUACUACUCUGCCAGUGGCAUGAGCCUGCUGUUUCUCGUGUUCUUUGAAUGUGUCUCUAUUUCCUGGUUUUACGGUGUCAACCGAUUCUAUGACAAUAUCCAAGAGAUGGUUGGCUCCAGGCCCUGCAUCUGGUGGAAACUCUGCUGGUCUUUCUUCACCCCAAUCAUUGUGGCGGGUGUGUUCAUUUUCAGUGCUGUGCAGAUGACGCCUCUCACCAUGGGAAGCUACGUUUUCCCCAAGUGGGGCCAAGGUGUGGGCUGGCUCAUGGCUCUGUCUUCCAUGGUCCUCAUCCCCGGGUACAUGGCCUACAUGUUCCUCACCUUAAAGGGCUCUCUGAAGCAGCGCAUCCAAGUCAUGGUCCAGCCCAGCGAAGACAUCGUUCGCCCGGAGAAUGGUCCUGAGCAGCCCCAGGCCAGCAGCUCCACCAGCAAGGAGGCCUACAUCUAGGGUGGGGGCCGCUCGCCGACCCAGCACUCUCACCCCCCGACCUGGAUGAGCACGACCACCACUUGAUGUCUGAGGAUAACUUCUAUCUCAACCUACCUCGAGUGGCGAGUCCAGAUACCAUCACCACGCAGAGAGGGGAGGUGGGAGGACAGUUAGACCCCUGGGUGGGCCCUGCCGUGGGCAAGGAUACCCAGUGGCUUCCGGUACCCAGUGGGCUGGUGACCUUUUUAAUCUAGGCCCCAUCAGCAUCCCACGAUCGGCCUUGGUAACCGCCACGGUAGAUCAUUUUUAUCCUGCCAGGGAGCGUGAUACAGCGAGGCCACACGUGCUCCUGGCUUUUAGACCUGUUCCUGACUGUUCUCUUACUGCCGAAACCCACGACUGUUAUCUCGGACUUUGCAGGAGUUCCUUUCCCUCAGAACGCUGCUCCAUGCACAGGAAAAGGGCAUUUUGUACAAUGGAGACUUCCCAGGAGCGCUUGCUCUUAAGUAGCAGGAGCCAGCGGAGCUCUGGCUUUCGUGUUUUUGGUUUUCUCCUUUCCAAGGCAGCUGGACAAAAAAAAAAAAAAAAAAAAAAAACCCAGGGGGCCUCAGUCGAUAUUCCCAGGGCCGCUUCUCCCCCAAUCUGCAGCGUGCCCUUGUCCCCGCUGCCCGAAUGAAUGAGCAUUCUGCAGCCCAAUGUCCCUGUCCCCUCCCUGCUGGGCCAUUCUGAUUGGACCUGGCCCAGUGCAAUCCGUCCAGAGAAGCCCUGCUUGCUGGAAAACUGCCACAAGCACAACUGAUCUAUUUUUAUCACCAUUCUAGGGGCCUCAGGUCCUACUGGGGAAACUUCCCAUACCUGAGCUCCAGUUUCUGUUAAGCUGCCCAAUUUCACAGAGUACAAAAUAGUUGCAGGGGAAAUCAAGGUGAAGGAUCUGUCUGACACUGAAGACGGAUCCAGUAAUCGUUCGGUCUCCUUAAACUACCACCCUCACUGUCACCCGCCCCAAGCUGCUGCCGCCUCACCUUCCUUGAAAUUCCUCAGCAGGAGUCUCCUCACUGCCACUGAAACCCACCCGCCCCACUAACUGAGGAGCUAGCGUUAAUCCAGAGAACCCCCUGCAGUGUGCUUCCGAGAUUCAAACUGCUUCAUUGGGAAGUAUGAUUUGUUCCUUUCUGGAAUCGGGCUCCAUGGUGGCGGCAGCACUUCAAGUGAAGACAGUUUCUUGCAAGCUCCAGUAGCUCCGCGUGUCUCAUCUGCCAGGAAGAUGGGUUCCCACGUAGCAAAUCGUACGUUGUGCCCUGUAGCUCCUUAGCUAGUUAGCUCACAAGCCGUGUUUUAUGACUAAUCCUUAAUAACUAUGGUAAAUAACUGUGACUGUGGGGUUUUUAAUCUCUUGUCAUUCUCAUCCGAAAGUGACCAGCAUACCAGUUCUUGCAAUAAGAUAUUACCCUCAGAAUAUUAAGCACAUUAUUGUAGAGAAAAAAAUAUGUGUAUACAUAU